GAGAUACUCCAUACAGAGAGCAGACUCCCUUUCUUCUUCCUUUCCUUUGUGUGAGAGUAAAGAGAGGUCCUUUAUGGAGAGUUGAGAUAUUGGUGUGCUAUAACUUCCUCCUAGAGUGGUGUGUGAGAGUGUGUAGAUAAACCUGAGCUGGAGACGGAUAUACGAUCCUUACAAAUGUGUCUGCAAAAAUGAGGUAACCCAAAAUGCUUGGAAAAUGAUAUAGUAAAAUUCGAGAAUAUUCUUUCUGAGCUCAAAGGCUGUAAAGAUAUGGAAACUAACUUUGCCACACUGAAAAUUCUCCCGCCCAGUUCUGAAUUCUGAACUCCACCGGAAGACAUGGAGACCGGGAAUAAACAGACGAAUGGGAGUAACAACGAGUCGUUGAAAAUGGCUGUAGCUAUGGCGCUUAUUCGAUUAAAGCUUUCGCACGCUAACCACCCUCAGCCGCCCCAGUCGUCUUCAUCGUCUGCUCCUCUAUCAGACGUUCUGAAAUGGAAGAGAAAGGCCAAGGAACGCAAGCUAGAAAUUGCUAGACUUAGAGAAGAACUCAGAAUCUCAGAAGACGGUAUGCAGCAGGAUAUAUUUCCGCAUGGUGCAUUGUGCAAGUGCUACUUCUUUGAUAAUUUGGGCCAAUUGAAUCCUAUUAGAACUGGAGAUGACAAUGAUCAGAGAUUCAGUGACGUCUUGCACCGUAGCUUUCUCAGACAAGUAAGAACAAAUGAGAGAAAGAGAAGGUUGCCUGAAGCUUCAAAAGCAAGAGAAUAUGUGUCAGAAUAUAGUAAUGAUGGUGAAAUUGAGAAACUACGGGCUUCUGUUGAUUUUCUAGUGGAGACAUGCCAUGCUCUUUCUCAAGCCAGACUGGAUGAGUGUAAAUUCAAAAACUGGUCUCACCAAGCUGUAGACUUUAUUCUUGAUGCGGUGAAGACCACAUCGGCAAUGGGAGUCAAUUUUCCUGUUGAAGAUGUUGUAAGUAGCUUAAUUACGCGCCUAAUGAAAAUCAUGUGCAGUGCAACGAAAGGAGAUGAAGAUCAAGCAGGGACUGAUGUAAGGUUCUACGUUCAGCAUUUAAUGCGAAAACUUGGAAGUGACUCUUCUAUUGGGCAGUGUAUACUCCUUUCUGCUUCUCAGAGAAUUUCUUUAGUUGCUGAAGGGUUGCUCUUCAUGGAUCCGUUUCACAAUGCCUUUCCAGAUAUGCACCACUCUAUGUACCUGUUGAUCCAGCUCAUUGAGUUUCUGGUGUCAGAUUACCUACUAACCUGGUCAGCCAUUGAAGACUUCGACACAAGGCUUUUUGAAGAAUGGGUGGUGUCAGUUCUGCGAGCAAGGAAGCCGCUGGAACUACUGGAAUGCAGGAUUGGGCUUUAUGUGUUGUACAUGGAUCGUGUGAUUGGACUUAUAGCUAAACAAGUAAGUCAGUUUUCAUUUCUCCAGAAGCUGAACCCAGAAAUUCUUGCAAGUCUCUUUGGCCAAUGACCACAUUCUUAGUGGCAUUUUUAAACCGCAUUGUAAGGUAACUAAAGUGAUCUCAAAGGUUUCCGAGCAGGAAACUGCUGUUUUGCCUUUAAUUAAUUCUCCAAUGUACUGUUUCUUACUAUAUGUGCAUAAUGUGCAUUUCAUUAUUGAUGGAGGGGAACAUGCAAUUUAGUGAUCGGUCUAAAAGGUACCACAAUUUUUUUUCCUUUUUUUAGUUACAAUUAUCUUGAACCUGGCUU